UUGGGAUAGCCACCCCUCUACAUAUGUUGUAAUGAGUGAGAAGGAGAAACUUGAAGAGAAAUCAUGGAUAGCGUGAUAAUACACCAAAAAUAGAAAGGGCUUGUGACCAUAGUUUUGACCAAAACACUCACAAAACUUGGCACUUACAUUAUGGAUAAUGGACUUGUUCCACUGUGAUUGAGUUACGGAUCAUUGGAGUGAAAAUUUCAAUUAAUUCAAUCAAUAAAGACCCUGAAAAUUCUUCUUUACAAGGUUUUAUAAACUGAAAUUAAGUUAUGGCAAGCUGCAAAUUAUUUCCGUUUAGAUAUGUAUUUGUGUCAUACUUUCCCACUCUCCCCCUCAUGCACACAUACUCACACUCAUGCAUCUUAAGUGGCUAGCGCCUCCGUUUGAUGAACAGUUGAAUUAUCAUAACGAUUCUAGUUGCAUCUUAAUUCAUAAUUUUUCUUUUGUUUGUAUAUUUAUUUUGGUUGGUAGGUGCUGUUUGUUCACAAAUUUAGCAGUUGGAUGGACACUGAAGCUGCAACUGCAAUAUCUCUCAGUUACUUUAUCAACUCAGCCUCCAUGAUUUACUCUCAUCAUCUAAUCCAAGGACUUCCUGAACCCCAAACAGAUCUCAAGUAUGUUGGUUCUCUAUUGUUUUUGGUGGGAAUUAGUGGCAAUUUCUACCACCAUUACCUUCUCUCAAAAUUGAGAACUAAGGGUGACAAAAGUUACAAAAUUCCCCAAGGUGGUCUCUUUAGUUUAGUCAUAUGCCCACACUAUCUUUUUGAGAUAAUUGGGUUUCUAGGGAUUUCAUGCAUUUCCCAAACGCUAUAUCCAUUUUGUUUUACAUUGGGCACUGCUUUGUACUUGAUGGGAAGGAGUUGUGCCACUAGGCAAUGGUACCAGUCUAAGUUUGAAGACUUUCCUACACAUGUAAAGGUUCUAAUUCCUUACGUAUUCUAAAUAGUUAGGUGAUGGAUCACCAAAAGCUGAGAGAAUAAUAUCAUUGUAAUUAUGUUGUAGCAUUUGACAAGUUUUUACGUUCAAUUCGAUUUGGUUGCAUUGUUUAUGA